GGUUGCUAUGGGCGACUCAGCAACGUUUCCUCUGGACAGGUUUUGAUGGCAGCCUGAUGCUAAAAGACGAUUGGGGAACCAAUGAACGUUGACUUCUGUGCACUGACAAUCGUGUCAAUAAAGCUUUGACUUUCUCAACAACAAAAAAAAAAUUCAACUUGUUGGCGGCUGCGGAGGAGCCGGGAGAACGGCGGAUACCGGGAGAGGCUGCAGCACCGGUGGGGACCAAAUGUAAGCGGCGAUAUAUAUGUACCAGCAAAGCAUGCUGGGAACCACUAUGCUGACUAUAGGGAAGUGGUCUCCAACCAAAGGCUGCCGGGGCAUGCUGGGAGUCGUAGUUGCACAACAGCUGCAGAGUCACAGCCCAUCGUGAUCAUGUCGGUGACUGGAAACUUCUUUAGUAAAUUAAGGCAUUUGGCGCUCACUUUGGAGAAGGAGACGGCACAUCUAGAGCAAGUGUUCACACAGGAAGAUGAUGACUAUGAAGAGGAAUCUCCAAUGCGAGUACUGCAUGACCUGCGCUCAGAAGUCAUGAGCGUAAAGACUGAUAUUCAGACGACACUGGAGAAAAACGAAAAGAAAGGACAAGACCUGAAUAAUUUCCUAAAGAUCUGUAAGGUGCUGCAGCAGAAAAAUGCCUCAGACAUCCAACAAAUCCGAGACACCUUCCAGAACUACGGAUAUAAACGUCUAGAAAGUGAAACGCAGGAAAAUGACAAAGCUGCUGAAGAAGCAAAACUUGAGAGUGCAGAGGAGGACAAGGAGAGCUCCGAUCCACAAGGCCCUCCUCCCCCACCAGUCACUGACAAGCUGAAAGCCUGGGAUUUUCUGCGCGGCCCCCAGCUCUCAGACUUCGGUCUGUCUCAUUACCAGAUGCCGGCAAUGUGGGAGCCACAGGCCUAUAAGAAAGCUCCGGAAGAAAAGCCCAAGCCCUUAUAUAAGGACAUCCGCACAAUAACUGUGCCGAAGACCCCAAAGUAUGCCUUGUGUAGGGAAGAAGACUUCUCACAGAUCCAGCACUUUGGGAUUAGUGACUACAGUGCCAACCUGAAUGAUGACUAUACAAUAGCGCUAAUAAACAAGAAAAAGGCAAGCAGCGGUCCUGAGAAGCCAAAGGACUCAUCCAGGGACUUUAAACACCUGCUCGCCACCCCCUCACAUCUGACAUACAGGAACGAUUGUGUGGACUCCCCUCUGCCACCUGUGUUCUGCACCCCGGGACUGAAGGUGCAUAAGAAAGGAAGCUUUGAUGUAAAGGAUGAAAAGUGUAAUGGAGAUGACACAGAUGAUGCCACCUCUUCAAGGGACAUGAGAAGCGAUGUUUGUCAGUCUCUGAGAAGUAACACUGUGGAUUCCCCUCUUCCCCCAACUUUUUGCACACCUGGCCUUAAGGUUCAGAAGAAAGACCUAAGCUGUGCGCAUCCAGAACCAUCAGAAAGUAAAGCGCCUCCGGUGGUCAAGGCUUUAGACACCCCGCCAGUACCUAGCUUUGAGACAAAGUGGCUGAAGAGUGACACAAUAAGAACUCUGGACAUCACUGAACCUAUUAUUCCAAGGCCCGAUCUUUCCUAUAGUCUGGACCUAAAAGUAGCUGCUCCUCCAGUUUUACAAUCGGAUAAGUAUUUCGAAAAACCAACUAAGACCUCCUCACCCCCGAAGAUGAGGGAUUUCUGUAUUGGGACUCCACCCCGUCCGGAAAUGACUUCCUGCUUAACUGAAGAUCUCUUCAAGCACAAUCUGAAGUUGGCCUCCCCUCCGAAAGUAUCACAGUAUGAGAACGAGUUGUGGACACCCAACCGUCCUGAGAUGACAUCCUGCAUCACUGAGGAUAUUUCACAGAUAUUAUCGCGGUAUUGUGAAAAUCCACCCAAACCAUCGUGGCAGAAUGCAUCUGAGAAUAAAGAGAACAGGCUCUUCAUUACUUAUUUGGGACCCUGGAGAAGCUCCUGUCCUCUACAAUGAAGAGGAUUUACAGCUCCCAGCAGCUUUUAUUCAGAAGAGCUUUCUU